UUGAUACCAUCAUGGGUGGGACUUUCACAUUUGACGGCUGGAUGACGUCUUCCUGCAGAUAUAUGCUCCGGUUUUGCGGCGCUUCUGCUUCAUUCCUGGGUACUUGUCCCGAGCGCGCACAGGUUCCUCCAGGCGCACCACGAGGCUGAACUUUGAUGAGAUGGCCACCUGUUGAUCAUGUCUGAAUGGAAAUUUCAGCGCGCUGAUUUGAGAAAAAUAACCCAAAAUGAAAGACUAAGCGCUAAGUGGUGUAUUUUUGGAAGAACUGGGGACCAGAACCGAUCGGAACCGGGAAGGAGGACUUUUGCAGAAUUGGACCAAUAGCAGGAAAGACGCGCAUCACGUCCGUGGAGAGCGCAGAGACACACAGAAGCAACCCUAUCAUUUGAACUCUGCCCGCCCAGCCUCAGGAUGAAUCACCACAACUGGAAUGAGACAUUAUUUUCCUCAAGUGGCCCUGUGGACACAAUAACCAAUUUCACAAAUGAAACCGAUCCCAUGCCCAUCAACAAGACAGCUGCAAUCACCUACCCUAUCGUGUUCAUUGUGGGUUUCUUGGGUAACACACUUGCCAUCUAUGUAGUGGGACGCUACGGCAAGUUAAACAACGUAACCAACAUCUACAUCAUCAAUUUAGCCAUCGCAGACGAACUCUAUGUCCUGGGAAUCCCCUUCAUUCUGACCAACAACGUUUUUUCGUAUUGGCCAUUUGGAGAUUUUUUUUGUAAGAUGUUUAUGACUACUGACGCCAUGUGCCAGUUUGCCUCCACUUUUUGCCUGACUUUGAUGAGCAUCGACCGCUUCAUGGCUGUGGUUUAUCCAAUGCGAAGUGCUAAGUGGCGGACGCCUCCGAAGGCUAAGAUCUUCAGUGGCAUAGUAUGGAUUAUGUCCUUUCUGACGGUGUUGCCAGUCACCAUCUACUCGCAUGUGCAGGACAACAUCAAGACUUGCAAUUUGAGCUGGCCUGAACCACAUGGAUCAUGGUCCAUGGUCUUCAUCCUUUACACCUCUAUUCUGGGUUUCUUUUCCCCUCUUAUUAUUAUCUCUCUUUGCUACCUGCUCAUUGUUAUUAAGGUGAAGUCUGCCAGUGUGCGUGCGGGACUGACUAAGCGCAGACGGUCAGAGCGUAAAGUGACCCGCAUGGUGGUGAUCAUCGUCUUUGUCUUCGUACUGUGCUGGCUGCCCUUCUUCACCGCCAACAUUGUCAACCUAUUUUACGUGAUCCCGGAGAAUGAAACAACAGCAGCCAUCUACUUCUCCCUGGUCAUCCUCACGUACGUCAACUCCUGCGCCAACCCCUUUCUCUAUGGGUUCCUCUCUGAGAACUUUGAGAAGAACAUGAAGGAAGCACUGAAAUGCGGGAAGCUGAAUAAUGCUGCGAGCCCAAAAAGUGGUCGACAGAAUGCUGCCAAGGUUGUUUGUCUGGAAUUGUUUCAGCAGUUAGUCCAGAUGAAGGUCUGCAGGAGCUCUGACCGACAGCCCAUCACCUCCAAACCCGCUAUGAACGGCCAGUGAGGCCAGCUGAUCAGAAACGUACUCGUCUGCACCCAACAACCCAACAUGCAAUUCACCUGCAUGCCCCAUUGUUCUUAGUAUUUUCUGUUUUCUGCGGAUUUUACUCCCACUUCUCCUGUGUAAUUUGGGAGGACCAGAGAGAGAUGACUGAAAAGGAGCUGGAACUUUCUGUAUUUUCUGCUUCUUUUUUUUUUCACCACACCGAUCAUAGGGAGGAAAGAAUGUUUGUUUUCUCUCCUAAUUAAAAUUUCUGUUUAACAAAAUGCCAUUUCCUCUUUAAGGAGAAAAAAAGAGAGUUUCCCACCCAAAAACUGAAUCAACACUGUCAUUUUUUUAUGUUAAUGUGCAACUGUUACAGUGUUAUUGACCCUGUCAUGAAACACUCAGGCUUCGUCAUGUCUAUUUGCCAUGAGGGGAAAGGAAGAUUAAAAUAUUUCAUUUGGAACAAUGUUUAUUCCCCCACAUGAUAUUUUUUAUAUCAGAGUUUGACUGUUAGCUAUUAAUAUUUCAAAAUACUGUUUCUGGUUCUGGUUAUUGUGAAAGAGCUUUUGAUUUGUAAUGUAAAAAUGUUGUCAAGCAGCUGAAGCAAAAUGUUUUCUUAUAUCAGUUAUAACUUUUUAUUUCUCAUUUUUUAGUGGAUGAAUUACGUGUUUUGUUUUUUUUUACUUGAGCCCUCCAAGACAUUUUCUCACGAACAUUGUACUGACCUUGAACAUGUCUAAAAAACAAAGUGGGCAUUUAAAACCACUUUUCUUUUUUUUUUCUUUUUUUGCAACACUGUGAAAUGUGAAAUAAUAGGUCAUUCUAAGUUUUAUGCAUCAAAUAAGCGACAUUAAACCAAACAUAAAUGUAUUGUUGUGAAUGUAAAUAAAGUAUUUGCUGUAGGUGC